AUGUAAUCAAUAAUAAUCGAUAGCAAUGAAAGGAAUGAGCCUCAAUCAAGUCUAUUUUUCUCUUUACGUCAUGAUCAAGAGUAGAGUAACAGCUUUCGCAGUUUAGAUGAUGACCCGAAAGAAAAAAGAGAUGCAACAUCAAUUAAUGUAGAAAUGCAGAUUGUCAAUAAUUACGAAUCUUAAGAUUCUCCCAUUUCCACUCAACAAACCUAAGAGUCAUAAUAAUCACUGAUUUAGUUAAGACUUGUAGGGAGAGAAGUUAAAGAAUUGAAACCUUCUUUUAAAAAAGAAAUUGUACCUAUCAAUAUAACAUUUUUGUAUUUGGAGUAUAUAACAAAUAAUCCUAGAAUGAAGAUCUGGUUAUUGUCUAAUAUUAUGUUGGAUAUAUGUUUAAGGUUACUGAUAUUAGUGUUUUUUUGUAUAGGAACAGUUGAUGAAAACAAAAUAAUAGAUCCUUAUGAAGAUAAGACUGUUACAGCUUAUUUUAUAAUAUUCAUUUAGAUUCCUAGAAUUUUACAUUUACUUACAACAUCUAAAUUGAUUUUUAUGGAUAAAUACAAUCUCUAAAAUAGAUCCUAUCUACCUAUGAGUUAUGUGUUUAGAGCCAAUUUCAUAUAAGAGAUUUGUCCAAAUUAAGAAGAUCUCAAACCAAUUAAUUAUAAAGAUUAAAUCCUCUCACUCAGAACUAUUAUGUUCAUUAUAUUACCAAUAGAACUAUAAUGGAUUCCAAUGUACCCUUUUAGAAAUAGAAAUAAUUCAGAAAACACUAUCAUUAUUAGUAGUUAUAUCCUAAAAAGUAUAGAAGUCAUGGUUUUUGAACCUAUUUUACUAAUUUUAAUAUCUUUCAAUGCAGAAAAAUUAGAGCUUUAUACCAGAUUGCUCUUUGGACUCAUACUCUUAGAUAUUAUCAAAUUUGUAAUACUCAAUUUGUGUUUAAUUAUUUUCAGUAAUGUGGGAAAAAAUUCUAAAGUUAAAAUUUGA